UGUCAAAAACAUGUGUUUCUUGUACAUUUGUGGUAAUUCAUGCUGUCAUUGUGCGUAUAGUUUGUUAUUGUAAUUUUUGUUUUUGCCCUACCGAUACCACUUUGUACGAAUUUGCUUUGUCAGCAGCAUUACAUAAAAUACAACUCUGUAUCAUUUUGUCGUUAUCUUUACUUUCCUUCCCUGUGCUGUCAAGAAAUCACGAACAAACGUCAAAAACAUUUUAAACAAAGUUUCACCUCUUGCUGCAUGAAUCAAAGAAAAAUUAGGCCAGAAACGUAAAUUACUUAAAAAAUCACAUAAAAAUUUACCGAAAGAAGGCCGCUGAAGUGUGUUCUUUGUCUGUAUCGUAGAAAAGUAACCACUAACCAAAAACCAUUUGCAUCAUAGAGGUACUGCGUGCAACCGUCCCUCCGGCCGUAGACCUAGCAACACAGUGCAGUAAGCAGGUUGGUAGCAGGAACAGCCGAUCGAGGCACGGUGUGGUGCAUUGCAUUUGUGUUACCGACAACAAGUUCCCUUGGAGUUGUCGCAACGGCGCCGUUUAGGAUGGAUGCCAAAAAUGACGAUUCCGCUGGCAGCGACUCGCUGGACAAGUCUUUGCAAAAGAAAUGUGUAGUCGAUGACGUUGGUCAGGGUGAGGGUUCAACGGCAAAUGCAGCGCUGGCGCAAGGCAUUAGUGACAGAAAUGAUAAACAAAAAUCGGAUACUGACGCUACUGAAAAUCACCCUCCUGCAAUUUCCAAUAAUUCACAAAACAAGACUGAGAAGAGUGCUGGUGAUGGCGUAUGCGGUAGUGUCUUGGAAAAUAGUUGCCGAGUGGAAGGUAAAUAUGAAAGCAGUAGCAUUCACAACGCAGGGAUUGCAAACGAUUCAGAAACAGCGCUUGUAGUUGAUGAUGCGCACGAAGCGGCUAAUGUCGCCAAUGUUAAUAGCAAUGCGGCAGAAGGUAAAACGUACACUCUUAACAGUGAUGACGCCGCCAUUUCCAAUAAUAUAGAAAAUGAUGCAGCAGAGGCGCCUAGCGAAAGUAACUCCAAUAGUAGCAACAACAGCACCAAUAGCAACAGUAAUUGUAGCAGCAACAAUAGUUAUGCCUUCGAAACAAAAGUUAAGCAGAUCUCCAAGAACCUCAAAGAGACAACUCUGGCUGAGUGCGCGAAUAAGAAAGCCUCAGCAGACGAUACGAACUCCACUUCGUCCGCAUCUUCAGCCUCAUCGGCCUCGUCUACACCGGAGUGUGAACAGGCGACAGGCGAUGCCGCGACGGCGGCUUUAUACUCGUUGGGUCCUAGCACUAGCGCCGCCGCGGCGGCAGCAGCAGCAGCCGUAGCUGGCGGUGCCAGUGGCCAAGAUGAGCAUGAUCAUCGCUCAAAAAAAGUACGGUUUCAUCCAGAUGUUAAGGAAAACGACGGUGGUAAUAGGGUUAUUCCAAAAAAGAAGAAGAAACUGAAAACAGCUCAGGCUGGAGGUAGCCCGGGCAGCGGCGCUGGUGGCGCCGGCGAUGAUGCGUCAGGUAGUAGUCAACGAGGUACAUCGGCUGAAGAUGACAUGGAGUUUGACGAAGAGGAAGAUGUGGAAGAGGAAGGUACUUUCAGCAUAGCUAAAACGAUAGAAGACGCGCAAGAUUAUUUGAAGGAGCAUCCGCUCACAUUUGCCGGUUCCUUUGAUAAAAGUAAUGUCACCACACAAAGCGGUCUGCUAGAAGAAGAAGACUUACCACAGCUAGCCGAAGCAUCAGAAGACGAUGACGAAGACUUCUGUGGUCAAGAGCUUCCAGAGAAUGGAGUGGCAUGCAUUCUAGGCAAACAAAAUAAAUGCGGAAAGGUUGAGUUCCUGCUGCGUUAUGUAGAUAGGCCUGGCUUAUUUUGGGAAACAGAAGAAUUAAUCGGUCAGCGAUGUCCCAAUUUACUUAAUCAGUAUGAGCAAUGUCGUGAAAAACGUCAGGCGCGUUUAAUGAACUUUGUGGCGAAGCGUCAAAACCUACGGCAGCGAUACACCGACUUCUAGAAACAAAUGUGUUCACGUUGAGGUUGACUUGACUACUGGAACAACAACCAUAUUUCGCUUUAUAGUGUUUGCGGUGCAGAAAUGCUUCUCACGAUAAAAAUAUAUAUAUAUAUACAAAAAUCAUUACAAUACAAAAAGUAUGAAAUUUAAUGCAAAAUUGCUGCUUUAUUAGAAUGGCAAUAUGUACAGUAAAUUUCAUGAUGUUCUUCAAUGACAACGAGGAACUAUAAAAAUUCAAUAACUGCAAGAACUGCUACAGCAAUCGUAGCAUUAUCCCUCCCCGAUUUCCAUUGAACAAUUUAUACGACAAAUGCUUUUUUAUAGUACCCAUAUAACCUUAGUUCACAUAUUCCGCUGCCGUGUGCAUCAUUUUCGAUGAAUUGACCGCACAACCACCAGAGACAGUGAAUGAAAAAAUUUAAUAGCUGGACUUGUAUAUGUAAAACAGAUUAACUUUUAUCAAUGUACUCAUUUAAUGGAAAAUAACUAUUAAAUUGAAAAUGGGGA